UGUCUUUCCAUUUUGGUGCUGAUUUCCUCAUCCUUCCAAGUUACGUGUAACAAUAAAACACCAUAUUUGAACCCUAAAACUCUGUUUCUCCAUUAUCCAUCACCAACAGUAAGAAAUCUAGAGAGAGAUGAGGAACCCAUCAUCAUCAUCCGGAACAAGCAAGACACCAUGUUGUAGCAAAGUGGGGAUAAAGAGAGGGCCAUGGACUCCAGAGGAGGAUGAGAUUUUAGCAAAUUACAUCAAAAGAGAAGGCGAAGGCAGGUGGCGGACCCUACCCAAGCACGCUGGGUUGCUCCGCUGUGGCAAGAGCUGCCGCCUCCGGUGGAUGAAUUAUCUCCGGCCCUCCGUUAAGAGAGGACGUAUUGCUCCUGAUGAGGAAGAUCUCAUCCUUCGCCUUCACCGUUUACUUGGCAACAGGUGGUCUUUGAUAGCCGGAAGAAUCCCCGGACGAACAGAUAAUGAGAUCAAGAACUAUUGGAAUACCCAUCUUAGUAAGAAGCUUAUCAGCCAAGGAAUAGAUCCAAGAACCCACAAACCAUUAAACCCUAACCCUAAUCCCACACAAAUUGUUCAUGAUCGUGCACCAAUUUCAACCCAAAACCUUAACCCUAAUUCUCUUGUGCUACAACAAACAGCUGGAAAUGCAAUUCAAAGUGGUACAAACCUGGAACAGUAUCACAAUCUGGUUGUGAAUGAAGAAGAUUAUAUUGAAAACUGCAACGAGGAUAAUAUGUUCUCUUCGUUUCUGGAUUCCUUGAUUAACGACAAUAUGUUUGUGAAUCAACAACAGCAGCCCUUCAAUCAUGGCACCAUCUGGGAAACUGAAGUGAUCAGAUCUACGAUUGAUGCUACAUGUGAUGAUCAGCAAAGUGCCUUAAACAAUCACCUAGCAUGAUCGAUGAUCCUGAUCAGAUCUCUGCAUGCGCACCAAAUUAACUAUACAUAUGGGUUUGAAUUUGAUUAUCAUUUUAGUGUGUGAUGUUGUGAUAUCUUUUGUUUUAUUAAUUGUUUAUGUAUAAUUGUGCUGUACGAAAACGUUAUAUAUGUGUGUGUUAUGUUACGUUUUGUAUGUAGUGGGUUGGAAAUGAAACAUUCAAUAUUCUUGUUU